AUGAUUGUGCAGCUCCUCGAUCAUGCUGUUGAUCAGGUCGCUAUUUCGGUGCUCCUCUUCCAGAGGCACGCGCUUGUGGACCGACCGACCGGGACUCGCUUGCUCUCGCCGGCGGCUUACUUCUGCGAGGAACUCGUCGCGAGAGAGGUCCACGCGGAAGUCGGGGCGACGCAGCGAACCGCCACUUGCUGCGUGGCGCGGGGCGACAGGUGCGGGCUUGAUGCCGAUGCCGAUGCCGUGCGCGAGACCCAGAAAGGCCGCCACGAGCAGCAAGCGGAGCAGCGGGAAGAUGUUGGGUUGCAAAGAUGCCGGGGAAGGGGAGAAGCAAAGGACCACCCUGAGGGUUUUGAUCAAAGGCACCGUAGCACGAAGGACUGA